AUGACUGUGCUGCUGUACUUCGGUGCCAAGAUGCUUACAAAGGACAAGCUGGGCCGCGCGGCGGUGCUUCUGGCCGCGGCGGGGCUCAGCCCCAAGGCGGUCGAGGUGCUUGUAUCAGAGCAGCUGGAGGCUUUGCCCGAGCUGGGCAUCGAGCUGCCAGAGGGGGACGUAGAGGAGGUGAAGCAAGAACCGGCGCAGGCUGACCGCCCAGCCAAGGAGCGCGGCAGGGCUGGAAAGCUUCAGCCCAGCCAGGCCACGGCCAGUAGUCCGAACCUCCGCUCGAGCGUUGGCGGAGGCACUUCAAGGAGCCGCUCCUCUCGGAAGAGUGGUGUCCAGUCCAUGCCGAAGCUCCGAGCGGGCAACAUGGAUUUCAUGGCAGAAGAGCCCGACGAGGGUGAGGGUGAGCCUUCCGUGACGUCCAAGGAUGAGUCCAGCAUGGCUGGAUCUAAGGCAUGGCCGGGCUCACGUCAAAGCUCCAUAUCAGAGGCACGACGCAGGCCCCCAGAGGCUGACUCUCGGAGAACAUCACUGCGAUCAGUGCGCAAGGCCUCAGUGACCUCCGCAGACGCCUCCAAUGAGGCCUCCUCUGUCUCGGAGAGCAUGAUGUCCAAGGACUAUCCCAAAGCGGAGGUCUUGCCGCUUCUGGGCCAAGAGCUUUGGGUGCUCGCAGCACAGAAGCGGCGAGACAAGAUGUCACAGCCAGCGAUAGGACCUGGCAAGGAUCGGCUACAGGACACCGGCGAGAAGGGGAAGACACCCCUCCACAUUGCUGUGAUGGCGGGGCAGUCCAUAGGCCACUUCCGGGUCUUGAGCAAGCUAGUGGAGCUCAGAGCAAACACCAACGCCCGGGACCGCCACAACGUGACGCCUUUGAUGCAGGCGGCUGCGGAGACUUACACCGAGGCAGUGGAGCGUAUGCUUCAAGAGCCAAGCACAAAGGUUGGGGAGCAGGAUCACAAUGGCCGAACUGCGGCGGAUUUGGCCAAGUCCACGGCUCUGCGGAUGGUGCUGGAAAGGGCGAUGGUGCAAGAGAGGACUGGCCUACAGCGGAAGAGUAUUGGUUUCUCUGAGCGCCCACAGAUCCGGGCGGAGGACGGCGAGAAUGACGCCGUCUUUCGAGUCAGGAUGGAGAAGCUCCCAACAAGAAUGGCCCUUGAGGUGUUGGAGAACAAGAUCCAGAUACUCCUCAAGAAAGUUGUGGUGAAGCCUGUCCACAUGGAGGUGGUCAUGGAUCCCAUCAUGGGCCGACCCCGCGGGCACUGCUACUUGGACUUCCUGGACUCCAGGUCUUCCGACAAGGCCAUGGAGCUGGAUGGCUCGGAGCUGGCUGGGCAGCGCAUCCGCGUGUUCCGAGACGUGGCCCUGGGGAUGGUGCGCUGA